AACAAAACGCACGUGAACACCGCACGCUCACAUCGCGGCUUUAACAUCGAACACUUUACAUCCAGUGACUGAGAGUGAGAGGACCCAAGACUCCUCUCUUUACCCGUCAAAAUAGCUUCACAAGUGGAAAUGCCGUCGAGCUUGUUCGGAGACCUCGGUGGAGGCGGUCUGAUGGAAGACCAGAGAGCUUACCAACUAGCUCUGGAACUGAGCUUAUUAAGUCUAGGCGAGAGUCUGCCAUCGGCAAACCCUUUGGCCAGUCCUCUGGGCUUCGCGCCUCCCCCGGAUGACAGGGCUAAGAAAUCUCAAAAUAUGACUGAGUGUGUCCCGGUGCCGUCUUCCGAGCAUGUAGCGGAAAUCGUCGGGAGACAAGGAUGCAAGAUCAAAGCUCUUCGGGCGAAGACAAACACAUACAUAAAGACACCGGUACGCGGCGAAGAACCAGUUUUCGUAGUGACUGGCCGCAAAGAAGACGUCGCGCGGGCCAAGCGGGAGAUCCUGUCUGCCGCCGAACACUUCUCGCAGAUCCGAGCGUCGCGCAAGUGCGGCGCCGCGCCCCCGCCGCCCGCUGGCGCGCCCGGCCACGUCACCGCCCAGGUCCGCGUGCCCUACCGCGUGGUCGGCCUCGUCGUCGGACCCAAAGGCGCCACCAUCAAGCGCAUCCAGCACACAACGCACACAUACAUCGUGACACCGUCGCGCGAACGCGAACCAGUGUUCGAAGUGACCGGAUUGCCCGAAAGCGUCGAAGCCGCGAGGAAAGAGAUCGAAGCACACAUUGCACUCCGCACGGGCGCAGCCGGCGGAGCUAGCGCGACUCCCGCCGAUGGCGAGCCGCUCGCACAACUAUACCGCGCGGGCAUAGCGUCGCUGUUGCGACCAGAACAGGAAGCCGCAUUCUCUUCAGCCGGCUCGUGCUCAUCGGGAGGAUCGUCUGCGCGACUGGGAGAUUUGCUCGGGAUCUGGUCGUCGACGGAGCGCGACGAGGGACUCGGCGAAUCGCCAUCUUUCGAGUCGCCCGGCGGCGGCGCUGCCGGAGUGUGGGCAUGGGGCCCGACGCGUCCAUCGCCAGCGGCGUCCCCGGCGCGCGCCUGCAACGUGUGCGGGGAGCGCGGGGUGGCGGCGGCGCUGGUGCCGUGCGGUCACAACCUGUUCUGCAUGGAGUGCGCGCAGCGGCUGGCGGCGGGCGGGGCGCCGUGCCCGGCGUGCUCGGCGCCCGCCAUGCAGGCCAUCCGCAUCAUCUCGUAAGCGGCGCUCGCGCCCCGUGCGCGGCACCAGUGCGCGCGGCCAGCGCUGCCGCACGCGCUCGUCCGCUCGCACGCUCGUAGUAGGGUCGAUCUUUUUUACUCGAAUCGUUAUAAAAAUAUUAAAAGAAUAAAAAUCGCGUAAUCGAAAUCCUGGUGCCAAAAGUCGGCGCCCGCCGGCACGGCCCGUCCGCCGCGCCGCUAUCGUAAGUCGGCAGAGUUGUUCACGAUAUAUUUUCUUAUUAUGAACGUUUUUUAUUAGGUCGACGAACGCGGAGUCACAACGCGUUCGUCACCACAGAGAGAGUCGAAGUACGUUACGAUAGAAUUUCGAAAAAAAAAACAUAAAAUUUAAAAAAAGUUGUAUAAUUAUUAUUGAUAGCGUAAAUGAGAAAUCGAAAAUUUAUAAAGCUUACCUAACAUAAUAGCGUAAAGUAUUAAGAUAUUAUGAUAAUAUAGGCGAGGGUAGCGGGCGGCGCGGGAGGGGGGGUGCGGCCUGUUGUCUGUUCAGAGUCUAGCUAGUGUAGUGUAGUGUUGAGUAGCGCAGAGAGGCGCCUAGCUAAUGUGUUGUUUAUAGGUAAUGAUUGGUUGUGCGCGCCGCGCCGCCCUCGCCGGCGCCGGCGCCGGGCAGCAGCGCCCUCUUCCCGCGCGCCAUGCUCAUUACUUUGACUAUACGAUUAUCCGCUUAAAUGAUAUUAUACAUACGUACACACUAUGAUUAUGAUAAUAUUAAUAUAAUGUUUGUUUUAAGUGUGUUUUAAUGUUUAGAUUUUUAUUGUAAUGUUUUUAUGGAUGAUUUUUAUCUGUAUGAUUAUUAUUAUUGAUUAUUAUUUUAUGUGUUGACGAUGUUUUUUUGUGAUUAUGUGUGCCCGAAGUCGGGCCGAGGCUGCUGUAUGUUCGUUUACUGGUUAUGAUACCUAUCGAGUAAUAAUAAAUAUAAAAUAAUAAAGAACUAAUACGACUCAUUCAUUAUUAUAAAAUAUAGUAGACUGUAGCUCGACAUUGACUAACCAUUACCUAUUGAUACUUAUUAAGUAUUAUUAUUAUAUUAUUGAAUAAAUUUAAAGAAUGCAUAAUUAUAUUUCAUAGGAAUCAUUAUUCUGUAUAACUCUAGUUAAAUAUAACUAUAUUAUAAUAAAUAUGUUUGUAUAUGUACUCGUGCGCGAGUUGUUUACCGGGGGCCGGUUGUGUGGAUUGAUAUUUUUUUAUUUUUUUACCGUUAUUAGUUUUGACUUACUCGUAAAGAGCGGGAGAGGAUACUGCCUAUUAGAUUAUAUUUUAAAAAUAAUGUUUGCAUGGAGCCGGCCCCCGCAGUUUGUAGUUCCAGUGAUUUCGAUAAUUUUAUUUUCGUAAUAAAAUGGGUAGACGCUUUAGGUUCAAAUGACGUUGUGAAAAUUUGUGAAAUUUU